AUGUUUUUUUUUACAAAUGCUAGAAGAUGUUGUUUUUACACCAAAAUAUAUGAAAAUAUAAAAAUUGUGAAGCGGGUUAAGUUGGAAGCGAGGGCCUCUCCUCCUGAUAGAUGUGGGGGUUGGAAGUUUGGGCCAACUGAGCCAGAACCGUCGUGUGCCGCGCGGCAGGAAGAUACGAAAGAAUGCAGUACCUCCUUGAAGGACAUUAACAAGGAUAAAGGUAAACAGUUUUACAAACAUGUGUAUCAAAAAAUAAAACAGAAGAAUGCUAAGUUGAGGGACUAUGAGGAGGGGUUGUCAGAUGAUUUUAUUCAGGGAGGAGAGGCAAGGGAUGGUGCCCCCUUAGAGGAACACCCGCGGGAGGAAAGUGAAAAAGAAGUCCCUAAGAAAAACCAUCCCCGGUUUAGUGAAACCCCACGUGAAGACAAAACAGGUGUAUCGGACAAAGGGCCCCAAAGGGGAGACACAAAUUUGAAAGAAAAAAAAGUAGCGGCACGAUUAACCCUCCAAAGGGGCAUUCAAAGUGGAAAAAGCAAAAGCAUCAAGGGGAAAGAAUAUCUGAAGGUGAAAAAUAACUAUUUAAAAAGUAAGGAUGUAUAUUUGAAGGUUAAGGAUGGGCAUAUGAGUGGGUACAUUAAAGGCGGUACGGAUCGACAAGGGGAAAGUUCACCCGCAAAAAGGAGCGCACUUUUGGCACAUCCUCCUCUGCGAUCCAGGGGAUAUAAAUCUAAGGGGGGAAAAAAGGAGGAAGGACCAGAAGGGAGAAUGGACCAUCAGUACCGAGACGGAGAUUCAAUGGACGGCAUGCCAAACAUAAUAGAAGAAGGGAUAGAAAGAGAAAGUGUUUGUAAGAAUGACGAGGAAAAUGGAAAGCAUACAAAUAAACAGUUGUUUUACCUCCCCUAUAAUGAUAAAAAUAAGUUACUCCAAGAUUUACCAAAUGGGAAAGACAAUAAGGAAAACAUUCCUGUUGAUUCCAAAUUGGAAAAGGCAAAAAAUGUGAAGGGGCAAUCCAAAGCAGAUGUCGAAGUAGCGGAAAAAAAUUACAUCGAUGUGGAGUAUGAACAAUAUUGGGACAGCGAAAAGAUAAACAAAGUUUUAGAGUUACAAAAAGAUAAGGAGAAAAAUUUUAAAAAUAAAUUAUUCAAAGGAGUAUUAUGUGUAUCCCCUUAUGAUACGAGCAAGUGUGUUGUGGUUAGUGAAGAAGAUCCCUUGACUUUUUUGAAAAAGGACGUUUUUACCAUUUAUGGAUAUAUCAGCCGCAACAGGGCACUGAACGAAGAUGUUGUCUAUGCCUAUACGGCUAGAAGAAAAAUUAAGCGAUCUGGAGAUUUAGAAAAUGAAGAGGAAAUUCUCGAGGCCAGUCGAGAGAGUACCAUCUCGGUGAACGAAAAGGAGGAAGAAAAAAACGAACAUUUUUGCAGAGUUGUUAAUGUCGUUGAAAGGAGGAAUGGCCCAAUUGUGUGCACCUUGAAUUAUUUAAAUAUUAACAAAAGCAUAAAUAACACCUUUGGCAAGAAGGAUGCACCACAGUUGAGAAGUGAAAAAUUGUUGAGCAAUCCUUCCAAUGUAAAAACGCCCAACAGGGAAGGAAGUAACAUGGUGUAUGACAACAAGGAUGAAGCAUCUCCCCCCAGGAUGACGGCCAAAAAAGGACAUAGAGAAAACACCCCCUUGUUCGCCAAGGUACAACCUAUUGACCCUAGAUUACCCUGCUUCAUAUACGACGCGUCCAGUUCCAUGUUAAACAUGUUUUUGCACUAUUUGAAGAGAAAGAAAAUAAAUUUGUACGUCCUGGUGAAAUUUAAAACAUGGGAUACACAUCAGAUCAAUCCAUAUGGAAGUAUUACUACCAUUUUAGGAAAUGAAAAGAACUUUUUGGGAGUGAUUUAUUUUUUUAUCCAUUUUUACAAAAUACAUUUUCACUUUUAUGAGAGGACUGAUAUGUCUUAUUUGAGGAGCAAAAUGCAGGUGAGCGACAAAGUCCUGGCAGCUUUGGCCGACCGCCAUUGUGGUGCGUCAACAGGGCAGGAUGGGGCAAGCGAUGGAAAGGGGGAAGCAGCAUCAGGGGUAUUAGUAGACCGAGGAAAAGUAUCUCCACCUAUUCUCGAACAUCAGCUCAAAAUUGCCUACUUGAAAAACGUACAAGAAAAUAAUAAGCGUAUCGAAAAGUACAUGUUAAAAAGCUGCCUUAAAAAUAGGGAAAUUAUUACCAACCUGGAUAUUUUUACAAUAGACCCUCCGAGUGCAAAGGAUCUGGAUGAUGCUCUGUCCAUCGAAUUUGUUGGCGGCGACACGAAUGCUGCAAAUGACUUUGAGUACAGAAUAGGGGUGCACAUUUCUGACGUAUCUUUCUUCGUGACCCCUGACUCGUACUACGACAGGGUAUCCUCCAAAGUGUGCAACACGAUAUACAUGGACCUAAUGGUCAUACACAUGCUCCCCUCCAUUUUGAGCGAAGAAAUUUGUUCCCUGAACACAGAGGGAGAGAAGUUAUCCUUUUCCGUCUUUUUCCGCCUGAGCAGUCGGUCGAAUCCUUACGGCGUCUCGAAGGGGGAAAUCAGGCAAAGUGACGAAAAUGGCGAAAAGGGAGAAAAUGGAAAAAAGGAAGAAAGGAGCGAAGGCGACAGAAGCGCAAUGAAGGAAAAGGGCGUCGAAUUUAUGAAGAGUCUAAUCAAGAGCAAGCGCAAACUGAACUAUGAUACGGUUGAGGAUUUCCUGGACGAAGUGUACGCCAGCCUUCACCAGAGCAAUAACAAUAUAAAGGAAAUGGAAGAAGAUAUUUUAGUGAGGGGGAACCUCCCAUUAAGCUGUUUCCCAUUUGUUGCAAAUUUUGAAGCAACGUGCAAAAGAUAUAAUCUGAGCACCAAGUUGGGAAGCGAUAUUUUUCGAUUAUUCCUGUUGUCCAAAAUGUUGAAGGAGAAGAGUGGACGGAAGAGCGUCAAUUGCAAGCCGUCCUUGUUAUUUUUGUUUAAUGAGGCAGACACGGGAGGGUCCUGUGUGCGCGAUAGAGGGGUGCCUGUCAGGGUGGAAGAACUGGAGGAGUGUUAUUCGGAGGGAGGAGACAAUCUUAGUGGCAACGCUAGUAUCCAUUUUAACGAUGACGCGCUUAACGAGCGCAUGGAGAUCUUCUUGAAGAAGAAGAAAGUGCAAGCCUUGCUGGAAGAAAUUGACGUGGAAAAUAUUAGCAUGCAAAAAGUCGAGUACAAAGCAAAGAGUCACAUGCUAAUAGAAGAAAUGAUGAUUUUAACAAAUUUUUUAGUUGCUAAUAAAAUUAGUCAAAGUAAAAAAUUGGGAAUUCUAAGGAUACAUGAAAAUACCUCCGAGGAGAUAAAGAAUAAUCUGCUUCAAAUUAUUGACCAUAACACGUACAGCAGAAUAGACUCCAUGAUUGACAUAAAGAAAAGCACCAUUAACGAUAUUUUAAACAUUUGCGAAAAAAUUUUGGACACUAAUCAACUGAUGUGCAUACAGUACAACAUUUUGAAGCACUACAAGGAGGCCAUAUACAUUCCUUACACAGAAGGGGACAAGAAGACGCAUCACUUCGGCCUGGAACUGAGCAAAUAUAUUCAUUUCACCUCCCCCAUAAGGAGAUAUAUCGAUAUUAUUACACACAGAAUUUUAGGUACUAUUUUGGAAAACGAUGAGCAAGGGUUAAAUUACAGCUAUGAGGACUUGAAGAGAAUUUGUGACCAGUGUAAUGUUCAGAAAAAAAAAACAGACGAGGCUCAGAUUCAUUUGAAGAAUGUCCUCCUUAAUAGAUACCUUGUAUAUUUGAACGAAGCCUACAAAGGAGAGAAGAGACUGGUGGGGAAUGCACCCAACGCAGAUGCCAAUGAUGCGGACAAUCUCACAUCGAAAGGUGUAUCACAGUGUGUGCUUUACUCAGAGGAGGAAAGAACCCCCCAUGAUGACAAUGCACAGUGCACCACCAGCUUUGAAAAAAAGAAGCACCCUGUUGAUCAACCCCAGAGAAAAGAAACGAAUCACCGUACACACGAAGCAAGUGAAAUGGAGGAAUCCGGUGAACCUAUUAAGAAGUACUUCUACAGGAGAGAUGGGCUUAUAUGUUUCCCAACAGAAGCCUACAUUCAAGAAUUAGUGAUAACGAAAAGGGAAAAAGAGAACAUUUGCCUGAAUAUACUAUUUGAGAAUUAUAUUGAUGUGGAACAAAUGGACGACCCUGGUGCGGAGUGUGAAUGGAAGACAAAUACGUACACGUCCUACAUGUUGAGCUCCUUCAAGGGAAGUAACCCUAUGAGUAGCUACUCGGUGGAAAAGAGCACUUUGAUCACAGACCGCAUGAAGCUCAUAAAUGAGGGAAGUGAUGAAAUUACAAGUGCCAAUCACAAUAGAGAAGAAAACGCCAAGUGUAAAUUUAAAAAAAGCUCAAUUGAAAAUGGCAAAUUGAAAAAUGCAAUUGUCUUUUAUGUACCUUUGCUAGAAACUGAAAAGUCAAUCAGUGACAGCUUGCUGAAUCUAACUUUUGAAUUUAUUUCUUUAUCAUAUGAGGAAAGUACCUAUGUGUAUGAUUUAUCGAGAGGGGUGCUGUACAGGGUGGUAGGAAAUGCGAGUGGCAUGAAUGAGGCGAGCAGCAGUAGGGCUCUGGAGGGGGCCGCGAAAGAGGAAGAAGAGAUUGAGGAGCACGCGGUGCAAAACAGAGCAACCCUGCAUAUUCCCAACAUCCUAAAAAAAAUAAACAACCCCCAAUUUAGCGUCAAGUACGAAGUACUAAAACUGGAUGAGAAAAAGGCCUUUCAAAAAAUUUACGAUGUUCUGUACAUCCAUGAUGUUUUCUUCAAUCGAGUUGAAGAAGGCAAAUCGAGAGGAAGCCCCAGAGGAGGUCUGCACCAAGAGGGUUUUUCUACCGAUGGACAUAACAAACGAGAUGUUGGUCCGAUGGAGAACCCUGUUCGUUUAGGUGGAGAAAAAAGCGAAAGGAAUAAAGCAUCGAAUGAAGAUGCAAGAAGGGACUGCGUUGAAGAAGGACCUACCGAGGUGUAUGAAACGAUAAGCAGGUUUCAGAAGAAAGAAAUUUUGAUUGUCCCUGGAUCGCAGGUGUGGACCUUGCGCUUGGCAUGA